AUGGGGGCCGUCGGGCCACUUGACGCCGCUGUGAAGAGGAAGGAGGGCCUGCUGAAGAAAGCCUACAAGCAGGCUAUGUCCAAGUGGGAAGAUGACUACGAGUACAUCUGGGCUUUGGACAGCGAUAUUGACUUCACAGGUGCGGAUCUCAUCACCCUCUUCUCCUUGGCCAGAGCCUCCGGUUCGCUCAUUGUGGGACCCACCUUCGCAGGCACUCAAUCAUGGCUCACCUAUACCAUGAGUAUGUCGGAAGUCACCGCGCAUGGCUCUCUAGUACGGCGUGACCAAAGCGAUUUUCAGAGCAAGAUCAAUGUCUUGGGGAAGCCCGAUCCCCGCUGCAAGCUGCGGCACACGGACUUCGUGGAGAUGACGGCGCCGCUCUUGUCCAACAAGGUCCUGGCGCUCAUCUUGACGCUCGGAAGAGAAGGGCAGAACGGGAAGAGAGCUCAGGGACAUCCUCCGGGCGUCGGAUUACUGCAGGUCCAGGAAAGCCGGGGGGGGCUGGCCCGUUCUGCGGAUUCGGAGUGGCUGGGCCUCCGCACUGCAGUCCUCGGUGCAACUGUAUGUGGCCGCGCCAAGCUGGGUUUGAACCAGGAAGAAGGAUCACUUCGCCUGCAGUCCUCGAAAGAUUGCGUGGAUUGCGUGCACGACAAGGCUGAGUGGGGCCUUGACCGAGUCUGGUGCAAGCUGGCGCAGAAGCUCUUGGCUCAAAGCUCAAAGCCCUGUGCUCUCCUGGAUGCCUCGCCUGUGCAGCACUUGGAUUGGAAGAAGGCGGUGGUGACCCCCGACUUCAAGGCCUCCGAGCUGGCCGUGAAGUCCGAAUACCCGGAGUACUGGCGGCUUGGGCUCCAUCCGAGCGAGCGAGCCCGGGGAACCGGGGGGUGA